CCGCCCCGCCACUGAUCCUGCGUGCUGCGCUAAGGUCAUCGCUGUCAUUCGGUAACCGAACAGCCGAAGGAAGCGGAGGAGACCCGGCAAGGAAGGUGCAGGCAAGAACCAGCAAAACAAUCAACAUGUCUCUGUCUAACAAACUCACCCUGGACAAGGUGGACGUCAAGGGGAAGCGGGUCAUUAUGAGGGUUGACUUCAACGUCCCAAUGAAAGACAAGCAAAUCACAAACAACCAGAGGGUCAAGGCGGCCAUUCCCAGCAUCAAACACUGCCUGGACAACGGGGCCAAAUCCGUCGUGCUGAUGAGCCAUCUGGGCCGUCCUGACGGAAACUUUGUGCCUGAGAAAUACUCCCUGGAGCCCGUCGCCGCCGAGCUCAAGACCCUGCUGGGAAAGGAUGUCACCUUCCUGAAGGACUGUGUGGGUGCGGAGGUGGAAGCCGCCUGCGCUAACCCCGCCACCGGAUCCGUCAUCCUGCUGGAGAACCUCCGCUUCCACGUUGCCGAGGAGGGAAAGGGCAAGGACGCCUCUGGAAAUAAGACUAAGGCCUCCCAGGAGCAGAUCGACUCCUUCAGGGCUUCUCUGUCCAAACUCGGAGACGUUUACGUCAACGAUGCCUUUGGCACGGCUCACAGAGCCCACAGCUCCAUGGUGGGAGUGAAUCUUCCUCAGAAGGCGGCUGGUUUCCUGAUGAAGAAGGAGCUCGACUACUUCGCCAUGGCGCUGGAGAAACCACAGAGGCCCUUCCUGGCAAUCCUCGGAGGAGCGAAGGUGAAAGAUAAGAUCCAGCUGAUCAACAACAUGUUGGAUAAGGUCAAUGAGAUGAUCAUUGGCGGCGGCAUGGCCUUCACCUUCCUCAAAGUCCUCAACAACAUGGAGAUCGGUACCUCCCUGUACGACGAGGAGGGCGCCGGCAUCGUCAAGGAGCUGAUGGCCAAAGCAGAGAAGAACGGCGUCAAGAUCACGCUGCCCGUCGACUUCGUCACUGCUGACAAGUUUGAUGAGAACGCCCAAACCGGCACUGCAACCGUUGCUGCUGGCAUCCCUGCCGGCUGGAUGGGUUUGGACUGUGGACCAGAGAGCUCUAAGGCCUACGCAGAAGCAGUGUUGAGGGCCAAGCAGAUCGUGUGGAACGGCCCAGUCGGUGUGUUUGAGUGGGAACACUUUGCCAAAGGGACAAAGAACCUGAUGGACAAAGUAGUCGAGGUGACCAGUUCAGGCUGCAUCACAAUUAUCGGUGGGGGCGACACUGCUACCUGCUGCGCCAAGUGGAACACAGAAGACAAGGUCAGCCACGUGAGCACAGGAGGCGGCGCCAGCCUGGAGCUGCUGGAGGGUAAAGUCCUGCCUGGUGUUGACGCGCUGAGCAGCGUCUAAACCUCCCAUCAGCCUGCUGGUGUGUGUUUGCGUGUGUGGAAGUGUGUAUGUACCUGCUUGUAUGUGUGAGAGAGGUGCGUCGCUUCUCAGCGAGACUGCUGUUUCCUCCUGAAACCUCCUCUAUGUGCAAAAACAGCCUACACCUGCCUCACCUGCCAUUUAAUCUAACAUUCAGUCUUUGUUUAGAAGUUGUGACUCACAGGAGGAUUGUUUUCUUUCACCCACUGUCUGUAUCAAGAAGAGCCUUCUUCUGCCUUACUUUUAACACGCUGAUGAAACUCAUCAAGUCAAACUGCUGGGAAUACAAGUCAAGUGAUGGCUAAUGAAGACAGAAAUGGAUCAAAUGGCUCGUUGAGGCAGAAGCUGUUUGUUUUUGCUCGGACGAAGAAUUUUCCUGCUGAGAUAGUCCUGUGUGUGCGUGAAUGUGUGUGUUGCAUUGUCACUUUUGCGUAGCCACCCUGGUAAAGUCACCGCACCACCCUCAUACAGUAUAUAUAUAUAUAUAUUGAAACAGUUCACGUGAUGUGUGCGUGUGUACCUAGACGUUAUAUUUUCUGUCUGUCCACACUAACUAUCAUCAUCGGCUCUGGUCACCUGUCUUCUCUGGUUGUUGGUUUCUGAGCGGCUUCAGACUGAUCUGUUCAGGAUAAUAAAAUCGUCUCUGUGGAAGGUC